AUGGAGCAGUCCACACUGAUGGACCCAGAACUUUUACGAGAAGCACAUGGCCCCACACACGAAGCACUCUCUACCCAGGUUCGCAAGGUCCAGGAGGGGGAGCUGCCGGGAGAAACACCACCACUGAAGCUGAAGCAGGAUCCUGGAGAAGACAACCCCAUCUUCCUUCCUACUGACUCUGAGUAUGACUGGCUCCUGGCCAAGAUCUUUGUGAGGAGCGCUGACUUCUCUGCUGAACACGAGUUGAACUUUCACCUGCUGAGGACUCACCUGCUGGCUGAGGUGUUUGCCAUGUCGACACUGCGUAACCUACCAAUGGUGCAUCCCAUCUACAAGCUCCUGAUCUCUCACUUCCGCUACACUCUGCAGAUCAACACUCUAGCUAGACAGGCCCUCAUAUCAGAGAAUGGGCUGUUCACAGAGAAUGCCAGUAUAGGAGGUAAAGGGAUGAUGGAGUUCCUGAAGAAUGCGAUGGCCUCAUUGACCUACAGCUCCCUCUGUAUGCCGGAGGACAUCACAGCACGUGGUCUGGAGUCAAUCCCCAACUUCUUCUACAGGGAAGAUGGACUCAGGCUGUGGGACAUCGUCCACAGGUUUGUUCAGAAAAUGAUUGGUCACUACUACACCUGUGACUCAGACGUCCAGAAGGACUGUGAACUGCAGAACUGGAUCAAGGAGAUCUUCUUCCAUGGGUUCCUGGCAGAAACCAGCACAGGAAUCCCUCAGUCUUUCAGUUCAGUGACAGAGCUGAUCAAGUUUCUCACCAUGGUGAUCUUCACAGUGUCUGUCCAACAUGCUGCAGUCAACAAUGGACAGUUUGAUUUUGGGGGCUGGAUGCCCAACUUCCCCAUCAGUCUGCAACUACCACCUCCCACCACUAAGGGGCAGUGUACUGAGAGCACCAUGCUGAAGACCUUCCCUGACAUCAACACCACCGUUAAUGGCAUGGCAGCGGUGUACCUUCUGAGCAGGCAGUCCACUGACUAUGUCGCUCUUGGAAAUGGCUAUCAGGAUCACUUCAGUGAGAAGACCCCUCUGGAACUGAUUCACAAAACUCAAAAUGUGCUGAAGAAAUACAACUUUGAAAUCCAAGGCAGGAAUGUCUCUUUGCCCCUGUCAUAUACCUACCUGAAUCCCAACAAUGUGGAGAACAGUGUGGCCCUGUAAAAUGAGUCGGUCGUAUUUAUUAGGCACCAAAUGGAAACCUGUUUUAAAACAUGUAUCUUAUGGUGUGCCCUAAUCAUUAUGACCCAGGCACUUUACUCUAUUGCGGUUCAGUCCACUUUUUCUUUUUAAUAGCCACAUGCAGCCAAGAUGAGAAGUUAAAUGUUUCUACUUCUGUGUUGUUGUGAAUGCCACUAGCUGAUUCCUUUUUAUCUAAGUAUUUAGUUGGGUUCUUCACCCUUGUAUAACUGAAUGUUUGUACCUCAGGUCCCUUCCUGUUAUUGGCAAAAACCGAACCUUGCAUGCAAAACAGGAAUCUACUGUAUUUGCUUCCUGGACUCAGUAUGUGGCCUUCCAUUUUCCAGCUAACCAGCAGUAGGUGUGGUGUAUGGUUCCCAUAGAGACAGGUGACCUUAAGGUGAACUUAUUUCAGCUACCUGCCUCCCUCUAAAAGGGGAGUGUUGAGAGUAAACUACCAAAUGGACAACACCUACAGACAUCACUUCCCAUAGUGCCUUGCUGCUGAGAAAGAACUGCAUGUGACGUUCCUGAUUUAUUAGCAGUGUAGCUUGAACCCACUCAAUUGUGUGAGAGCCAAAAAGGAAACUCCUGUCCAUACAGCCAAGAUACAAUUAGAAUCUCUAACUCUGCUUUGUAACUCUAUUUGCUGGCUGAUCAACAGCUUGUUAAUUUUCAUCCUUGUCUCUUUCAGUGUUCAUUGUCCAUGUUGCCCAAGCCGUUUUGUUAAACUGGUUAACCUUUACACACCGGUGCCUUAUACUGUGUAGCACACAAGGAUAUAAAAGGUGAAGAUGGUGAAACGUGUACAUCUCCACCAGACUUUCAGUAGUCAGUCAUUAUUCUUCAUGUUACACUAUGAUUCAGCUAUUGAAAUAACUUGUAAUGUGAAUGAUUAUCCUCCCAUGAACAGGGUCAUGGCUUUGGAUAUUGAAUAGGGGACCAUUUUUCAACAAGCCUUUACUAGGCGAUACCUAAUUCUCAACUUGAAGGCACUAGUGUCUUCUACACUUCCAUGGUUAAGACAGAUGGGUGUCCACCCCACAGACGGUCCACCCUAAAGUGCUGCAUGUCAUGAGCCUGACUCAGAAAUCAAGAGUCGCUUUGAAUGACACCCACCUGUCUCGAUCAAUGACAGGAGAUCAGACCUCGAAAAGAUGGAGGCAAAUACACUGAACAAAAAUGUUAAUGCAAAAUGUAAAGUGAUGAUCCUAUGUUUCAUAAAAUGAAAUAAAAGAUCCCAGAAAUGUUCCAUUUGAACAAAAUCUUUCUCACAAAUUUGUUUUAUCCCUCUUAGUGCUAAUUUCUUCUUUACCAAGAUAAUC